AUGAAAUAUUUUUUGUGUACUUUGCUAAUUCUGUGGAUGGCAACUGUGAUUUUUGGAUUUAAAGUGAAUUAUAUAUAUAAAUGGAAAUAUGUCGAUUUUAUAUGGGAAAGUGACGAGCAGAAGGAAGACGCGAUAAAUUCUGGCACUUAUAAUCGUUCUGGGUGUAUAUUAUUUGAUGUAGACAAAGCUAAAGAUGGUAGAAUAUUUGUUACUGCUACGAGAGAACUAGGUCCUAGUGUACCUGCUACUUUGGCGAUAGUAACUAAUGAAACAGGACCAGGAGGAUCACUUUUGCGACCAUAUCCAAAUUGGAAUUGGCAUAAUAAUAAUUGUACGAAGAGCAUUAUUCGAUGCAAUCACAUCUUCGCUCUGGAUAGUGGUAAAAUUGGGCCUGAUCACAUUUGUAAUCCAAAGCUAUUAAUCUUUAAUUUGAAAGAUGAUACGCUAGUAAAAACUAUUUAUAUUCCAUUUGAUAUUGCUAGUAAUGCAACGAGUUUUGGAUCAUUAAUACCACCUUUCGUUUAUGUUCCCAAAAAAUGCUCGCAGUUUCUGCAUAAAAUGAUUAUAUUCAUAGCUGAUGUGCAAGGUAAAGGUUUAGUGGUGUAUGAUUCAUCUGUAAAAAGUAUGUGAGAAUCUGAUUACAUGAUACCGACCGAAAAUUUAGCCUCCAUAGCAAAUCAAACAUUUCCUUAUAAUGGAGAUAUUUUCAGUGUAGUGACCCUUUAUAAUGGUAUAAAAAAUGUCGUACUGAGUUAA